AUGUUUCCAGAGCGUCCAUGGGUGGCUUUCUGCCUCGCCCUUCCACUCGUUGUCAUCUGGUGCUGGGCGCUGCUUGACGACUCUCACCCAACCUUGCUUGGGCUUCUGUUCAUCUUGGACGCCAACAGUCGAAGGCCGACGGACGCCGACUUUAUAACCCAAGCCGCCGCCGUCGAGUUCCCCUCGCCGAUCAACUACGCGCCCAUCCAACAGGCAUGCGCUCGCAACGGCGGCUUCAGAGACGGCCUGCUGUUCACCUGUGAGGGGCAGCACGGCGGCGUCGGCAUGGUGCGGAACCAGAUCCUUAAGUGCGUACGAUAUGCGAUGCACGCCGGCGCAGCCAUCGUGGUCCCGUCCAUGUCCAAGAGGAACCCAAAGGACAUCAGCGACAUCGAGACCGUCUACGAGGCGCCCCUGGAGUACCUGUUUGACCGCCACGCCUUUGUCCAGCACCUCACUGCCGCGUGUCCAGGCAUGCCCAUCUACGACGCCGAGGAUCAGCUCCCUCACUACAGCGACAGGCUCCCCCAGAACCUGACGCUGGUCGGUGAUCAGUUCGAGCCGGACCAUCCUCCCGAGGGCAUCCGGCACCCGCGCGAGUGGCGCCGCUCCUUUGACGGCUGGCUCGAUGGUCAGGGGGUUCGCGUCAGCCGCGAGAAGCCCGUGCACGUCAAGAUCGACCAGGCCUUCCUCGAGUAUCCAGUGCGGGACGACGGGCCGGAUUUCGCCAACGAAUACGGCAAGAUCUUGUCCUUCCGCCACGAGACCCGCGACCUGGCCGCCCAGGUCCUGCUGGAGAUGAGAAACAAGUUCGGCCUCCCGAUCGACCCCGGCCGGCCCAUCAAUCCUGACGCCUACUACGGGGCGCACCUGCGGUUGGAGAAGGACGCGGUCGAGGCCUGGGCCCCCGAGGACGGCUGGCGAUUCUCCAACAUGGAGGACCAGUUCCAGGAGCAGUUCCAAAACCUGGCGCGGUUCCCCAACCUCAACGUCGUCUACGUCGCGUCCGGCAACAUGACGGUGGUGGAACUGUUCCGGCGGGAGCUCGCCAGGCGUGUCGACGUCGACAGCAGCAGCAUCGACAGGCCCGGCCCGUACAGGGGACGGAACAUCACCGUCGUGACCAAGCACGAUCUGCUGCCCGACAAGACCAUCAUCGACAGCCUCCCCUUCGACCAGCAGGCCCUGGUGGACUUCCUCGUCAUGUUCCGCGCCAGCGCCUUCAUGGGAGUGGCGCAUUCCAGUUUCCCCUGGAACAUCGCGCUGCGGAGGCACGAGCUGAGCAGGUACGAGGGCAUCGCCAACGAGGGGACCGAUUUGCUGAGGGAUGAGUUGAGCGUCAUCAUGGGCAAGCAAAGGGACUAUCAUCAUAUUGACCCGUUUGCAACGGGGCUCUGGCCCGGCUUCCACCAUCGUCUUGCCCAAGUCCCAGCGCCCGCCGUCCGCGUCGAUCCGCUUCACCAUCGGCAGCCCGGCAACGAAAUACAUGGCGUACCCCAGCGAGCCCAGGCGCAGCAUCCUCGCCCUGUCGAGAUAGUAAAAGUACUCGGACAAGACGUCGGCAGCCAUGAAGAACGUCUCGAGGUAGGCCGUCGAGUACGACACGACGAGCACGACGAGACCUUUGCCGACGACCGUGCGCCGCAGCGAUCGAGGCAGCACGCGGUCCCGGACGAGUCGUUCGGCCCUGAGCAUGACGACAAAGUACGUCAUGAAGUAGGCGUGGGUCAGGGGAUACAUGAACAGCGGCACGGUCUGGCCGUUGUUGGCGGCGCCCAGGACGGGCGAGUCGAGCGUCAGCCUGGUGUUGGCAAAGCGGUAGCGCAUCCCCAUGAGGUUGAAGAAGUAGUGCGUGCCAAAGUAGGUGCCCCAGCAGACGACGACAAAGACCCACAGGUUGAGCUUGAGCCAGUAGCGCUGGUGCAGGGGCUGCUUGCGCGUCGACGGGCAGUCGCGCCGGACCAUGUAGGCGGGAAAGAUGACGCUCGGCACCGACACCGCCGACGAGAAGACCAGCAGCUCAGCAUCGCCCCAGUGGCCCAGUCGGCCCGUCAGCAUGACCCAGCCGACGGCGGCCAUCCAAAGCGGACUCUGGUAGAGGAUGGCGCGCUCUGUAGUCGUUUUGUCGAGGGACAUGACGGAGGCUGCUCCAAGGAAUAUGAUGAGAUCUCACAUGUAAACACAAAAAAGGGACUGUACAAUACAAAUUAG